AUGGCCAAGAAUGAUGCUGUGAUUCAGAGUCAAACGACAUCCUUGAGGAAUCUAGAGUCUCAAUUGGGGCAGCUUGCUAAUGAGCUACGGAAUAGACCACAAGGCACCUUGCCUAGUGAUACAAAAAAUCCAAGGAAAGAUGGCAAGGAGCAUUGCAAGGUGGUUACCUUGAAGAGUGGUAAAAAUAUGGAAUUGACUGAGGAUAAUUCAAUUGCUGCAGCAAUUCCUCCGCAAAAUGCUAUAGGAAAGACUAUAAGCAAGCCACCUCCACCAUUUCCUCAGCGCUUUCAAAAGCAACAACAAGAUGGUCAAUUCCGGAGAUUUUUAGAUGUUUUGAAACAACUUCACAUCAAUAUACCGUUGGAGGAAGCUUUGGAGCAAAUGCCCAACUAUGUGAAGUUUUUGAAGGAUAUCUUAACUAAAAAGAAGAGGCUUGGUGAAUUUGAAACGGUGGCAUUGACUGAAGGUUGUAGUGCUAUAUUGAAGAGUAAAAUUCCUCCUAAAUUGAAGGAUCCGGGCAGCUUCACAAUUCCUUGCUCUAUUGGUGGUAGAGCACUUUGUGACUUGGGGGCUAGUAUCAAUUUGAUGCCCAUGUCAAUUUUAAAGAAGUUGGGGAUUGGAGAAGCAAGACCAACCACAGUCACUUUGCAAUUAGUGGAUCAUUCUAUGGCACACCCGGAAGGAAAAAUUGAAGAUGUACUUGUGCAAGUUGAUAAAUUCAUUUUUCCAGCUGAUUUCAUCAUCCUUGAUUAUGAAGCGGAUAGAGAUGUUCCUAUUAUCUUGGGUAGGCCAUUUCUAGCUACCGGGAGGACCUAG